CUUGCUUAAAACCCAAACCCCUUCUCUCCACCGCCGCUACUCCUCCUCCUCCUCCCUCUUCUCUCCAGAAACAGCGCCACCACCAUGGCUCCUCCUCCGCCGCUACUCCUCCUCCUCCUCCCUCUUCUCUCCACCGCCGCGCCGACCAUUUCCACCACGACGCUCCCUCUAUACCGCCACCUCCCGCACGUCGCCGAGACGGCGCACCACCACCCGCUCUCCCGCCUGGCCGCCGCCUCGCUCGCCCGCGCCUCGCACCUCAGGCGCCCCGCCCACCACAAAGGGCAAGCUGGUACCGCCUCCGCCACCGCGCUCUACCCGCACUCCUACGGCGGCUACGCCUUCACCGCCUCCCUCGGCACGCCGCCGCAGCCGCUGCCCGUCCUCCUCGACACCGGCAGCCACCUCACCUGGGUGCCCUGCACCUCCAGCUACCAGUGCCGCAACUGCCCCACCGCCGCCGUCCCCACCUUCCACCCCAAGAACUCCUCCUCCUCCCGCCUCGUCGGCUGCCGCAACCCCUCCUGCCUCUGGGUCCACUCCGCCGCGCGCCUCGCCGGCAGCAACUGCACCACCGGCGCCGUCUGCCCGCCCUACGCCGUCGUCUACGGCUCGGGCUCCACCGGCGGGCUCCUCAUCGCCGACACGCUCCGCGCGCCGGGCCGCGCCGUUAGGAACUUCGUGGUCGGCUGCAGCCUCGUGUCCGUGCACCAGCCGCCGUCGGGCCUCGCGGGCUUCGGCCGCGGCGCGCCGUCCGUGCCCGCGCAGCUCGGCCUCACCAAGUUCUCCUACUGCCUCCUCUCCCGCCGCUUCGACGACAACGCCGCCGUCAGCGGCUCGUUGGUCCUCGGCGGCGGCAGAGCCGGCGGGAUGCAGUACGUCCCGCUGGUCAAGAGCGCGGCCGGCGACAAGCAGCCGUACGCCGUGUACUACUACCUGGCCCUGACCGGCGUGACAGUGGGCGGGAAGGCCGUGCGGCUGCCGGAGCGGGCGUUCUCCGCCAACGCCGCCGGAGCGGGAGGCGCCAUCGUGGACUCCGGCACCACGUUCACGUACCUGGAACCGACGGUGUUCCAGCCGGUGGCGGAGGCCGUGAUCGCGGCUGUGGGCGGGAGGUACAAGCGGUCCAAGGAGGCGGAGGACGGGCUGGGCCUUCGCCCCUGCUUCGCGCUGCCGCAGGGCGCCAAGUCCAUGGCGCUGCCGGAGCUGUCGCUCCACUUCAAGGGCGGCGCCGAGAUGCAGCUCCCGCUGGAGAACUACUUCGUUGUCGCCGGCCGCGCUCCCGUGCCCGGCGCCGACGCCGCUGCUCCGGCCGCCGCCGAGGCCAUCUGCCUCGCCGUGGUCACCGACUUGGGAGGGGCCGGUGGAGCGGGAGACGUGGGCGGCGGCCCGGCCAUCAUUUUGGGGAGCUUCCAGCAGCAGAACUACUACGUGGAGUACGACCUGGAGAAGGAGAGGCUGGGGUUCCGGCGGCAGCCGUGCGCCGCGUCGUCGUCGUCGUCCAUGAAUUAAUUGCUUGCUCCACCGCCACGUACUGCUGCUAAUGACAAUGCAAAGGUGUUUGCUUUCUUUAAUUGUGUGCUCGGGUUGUCCUGCUACUGCUAAUAAAAUUACUGCAUUUACCUACCGUGUGUGCUUGCUUACCCAUGUCAUUGUCGCGUGAUGCAUAGUCAGCCAUAAGCGUGCAGGUAAAAGAUUGCUAGAGAAAUAAAAGACGAGCAAAAAGACGGCGAUGCUUUUCCUCCUUUUGUUUACGGACGGAUUGCUUUGGGAAGAGGGAUAGCAUGUGCUACCACAGUAAUCAUCCUUUUCUUUGUAAUUUGCCAUUUCUAUCUCUUGUCGCGUGGCUUCAUUGCUUGUUUUAAAUUCUGUCA